AAAACGUCUUUGUGUUCACUUCAGUCAUAGCUAAAAUAAAAAAUUUGCAUUUCAUAUUCUAUUGGGUAUGAACAGAAUUGAAUAUCUUACAAUAAAAACAGCAGGUGAUUAAAAUUGAAAUUUUAGUGAACAUUCCAAUUUCUUUAUUAUCAAGCAGAAGCGUAGGCAUCACGUAGUUGGUUGUGUCGUCUUUAAGGUUUCUUAAUUUGUGAAGAAGCAAAGGCAUCACGUAGUCGGUUGUGUCGUCUUUAAUGUUUCUGAAUUCGUGAAGAUGGAGUCAAGAGAAGAAAAGAAUUACAACUACUUGCAGAAAAUACUUACAGAUGUUAGAAAGAAACUUGUUGAUGUUUUUAUCAAUGAGUGGAAGACUCAUUACGAAGGAACCCUUGGAGUAUGGGAUAAUUCAAAGCUUAGUGGUCAGAUAUUGUUCAAUGAUGAAAUUUCAAAAAGGAAACCUCCUGGACAACAUAUUCUGUCAAAAUUUAAAAAUGGUGACACUAGUAAGUGGGAUUGUACGACGCUAUUCGCAGCGAUAUUGUUUUCAAACUUAAUUGGAACAAAAAUUGAUCCAAAAGUUAGAGAUGCUGUGAAUGAACUUCGUGAAGUAAGAAACAAAACCGCUCAUAAUGAUGAUGGUAAAUUAUCAGAUGCUGAAUUUCACAAAAUGGUUUGUGAUAUUGAAAAGUCGUUUAAAGACUUGAAAUUUUUACUCCCUAAAAUUUCCAUUUCACUCACUGAAAUUAGUGAAAUAAAAAGUCAACGAAACAAAUCUAUUUCUUUUCAAGUACUUCCUUUCAAACCAAAUCACGACAACGUUAAACGUACAGAAUUACUUAAUCAAAUCACAGCAGAUCUCAACAAAUUGCGCAAAACUAACAAAAAUGAACUAACAUAUUACUAUAUUUCUGGUAAUCCUGGCAGUGGUAAAUCUCAAUUAGCUAGACAAAUUUGCGAAGAAAUGUAUAACUCGUUUGACUGGGAAAAGAAUACGACAUUUGUGAUGACACUCGAAGGAAAAGAUAUCUACACUCUUUUGAACACUUAUGCUGACCUUUGUUAACGAUUAAGCAAUGAUAAAACUGUCAUUGAAAAUAUUUUAAAAGAAAAAAAAAGGAGAGAAGACAAAAUCAAAGAUUUUCAAUUAUUGCUGACACAGCAACUGAAAUCUUGGCAAACAUGGUGGAUUGUUGUAGAUAACGUGGUUCAACUAGAUAAAAUUUAUCCUUUAUUACCUCAAGUUGGUGAUAAUAGCUGGAAAAAUGGACAAAUUGUAGUAACUGUCCAAAAUACAGAUGCAAUACCACCAGACGGAAAUCUAAAUAAACACAUUUCAGUUAGUCAUGGUAUGAACAAUGAAGAAUGUCGACAACUUCUAUCUGUCUUUUCUGGUAUUCAAAAUACAGAAGAAAAA